AUGUCUGGGGAUCUUCGACGAAAAUACAUAGGGAAAGCAUUGCCUUAUGUUGCAAUGAUGGUAUGGUUAGUGUAUUUGUUGGCAGAUUGGAUGGCAACGCUUGUGCUGAGCAACCUUCAUAGGGGCGACGUUAAGCUGAAAAAUGAACUUAUUGCAUUUUGGACGCCCUUCCUUUUGUGGCAUCUUGGCAGCCCUCAUAACAUUACAGCUUAUUCUUUAGAAGACAAUGAGAUUUGGCACCGACACUUUCUUGGCAUGGUCUUCCAAGUGUUAGAAGCAGUAUAUAUCUACGUCAGGUUUCGAUCAGACACCGACCUCAAUCUUAUGGCUGUUCCAAUAUUCCUUGCUGGAGUUUGGAAGUUCGGAGAAAGGAUAUGGGCUCUCAGAUCUGCAAGCGACAAGCAGCUCAUGAAUUCCUCGGCUCAAAGAGAACAGGCUAGUCCAGAGGAAAACAAUAUUAUCAGAUUUAGGCUGUUUGAGUCUAAAAUAAACGAUUGUUUCGAACGCAAAGGAAAUGUUUCCGAGCUCAAGUUGCUCCGCGAAGCUUAUUCACCGUUCCUUAUUUUCAAGCCUCUCUUCCUUGGCCUCUCAGUUGAGCUUUCAGCAAAAUUUUAUGAUGACAUGUUCUUCAUCAAUUCUAAAUCUGCGGUAGAGGCCUUCAAAUUGGUAGGGACUGAACUGAAAUACCUUUACUACUUGUUUUUCACCAAGGUGCCCCUUCAUCACAAUCAUCAAAAGGUGAGUUCAAGUCUUCGUGCCUUGUGCUUUCUGUCUGCUGUGUCGUCACUGAUCGCUUUCUCAACAAUCGUGGAUAAGAGUGUGCAUUCAAAAGUCGAUAUUGUGAUUACGUAUUUGCUGUUGCUGGGAGCUAUUUCUCUCGACGCAUAUUCAUUUAUAAUGCACCUCCUCUCUAUAUGGUCAAUGAUCUGGUUGCCCGUUCCUAAAAACACGGUGCAAAAAAUGUACUCCAAGGUUGUUGCUUCCAGGUGGCAGUUAGUUGAAGCCAAGAUGGCAAUCAAAUCAGUGGCACAACAUGAUAUAAUAUAUUAUUACGUCGAGGCCAACGCUAUCAAGUUAUAUGAUGCUGUAAGGAUUAUUGACACUGGUAAUCAUUUACAGAAGGCUUGGCAUACCAAGUGGAAGCCUGUUGAUUGUGAAUUGAAGCAAUUCAUCUAUGAUCAUCUGAAAAAGGAACGUGGGAAGUUGGACGAGAAAGAUUUCGGACCUGAAGAUCUCAAAAAGUUAUUAAAUGCACCUUUUUUCGAGGACUUGGAAGAGGACACAACUGAUUUUUCGUUACGCAUUAUUCGUUGGCAUUUGGCUACAGAGCUUGUUUACUACGAUGAUCUUAACAAAUUUCGAAGAGGUAAACUCGGUUCAUUCUGCCUAAUUGCCAAGUCUUUGUCUGAUUACAUGAUGUACCUCGUAGUCGUUCGUCUAUUGAUGCUGCCUAAAGGGUUCAGUGAAGCGAUCAACAAUGAAAACUACCGCCAAGCCAAAAAUCUUUUUCCGGAGGAUAUGACAACAAACAUGAGAAAAAUAGAAGUCAGGAAGAGAUUUACAUCAUCGGUGCUUGGGCGCCAAAGUUCUCCCACUAAAAGUAAUAGAUUCGAUUUGAUAAACGGUGGGAGUAGUUUUGCAGAAAAAUUGCAAAGUGUUGUCGCACAGGAGCGCUGGGAUCAUGAAGAGAAAUGGGAAAUGAUUAGCAAGGUGUGGUUGGGGAUGAUGCUUUAUGCUGCUAGUCUUUGUUCUUGGAAAGAGCAUGCUCAACAAUUGAGGCACGGUGGAGAGCUGCUUACUCAUGUCGCCCUCCUUAUGGCGCAUCUUGGUUUGACCACUCAGAUCCGCAAAAGUAAAUCACUUGAUUAUGAGGAUGAGCUCAAUCCAGCAUUCCCACCACUUUUUAGGUAG